AUGGACACCUUGAUGCAAAUCAUGAGAGUUCGUGGUAGCAGGAUGAAGUCGCAUGUGCCUCUGGCAGAUUAUCCCAUUCCAGAGGCACACGAACCCGAUGAUAUUUACGUUCUCGUGGUUUUGACGCCACCACCAAAAGACAAGCAGCAGGAGAAAGAACUGGCUGUCGUUUGGAGCACUUUGGACUGGGCUGUGACAGAGUAG